UGCACGUAGCUCCCAUCCACGUUUCUUGUUACACGCAAAAUUAGCGCUGGCAAAUAAAAGAGUACAAAGUCGAUAAAUGGUGAUACUGUCAGUGUCUGGCUCCGAGAUUUCUUUGCGUACUACGUAUGUGCUCCAGCUGUUUUGUCUCUCUGGCCUCAGUACCGGGUGAAAGCAAUGUGAAAGAAUGGACACGACUCAAAUCCCUCUCUUCUCUCCCCACGCUCUUUUCCCCUCCCAACCCACACUAUAAAGCACAAUAUAGUAACACACGAACAUUGACAAACACCACGGCGUUUGCCAGCACUACUACAUUAGUCCAUACUACAUAGUACACACACACGCACCAACCAACAACACAGAACCAACCAACCCCAGACCGAAAAAAAUCAGCAAAGGGGGGAAGGAACAAUAAUCCAGCAGCCAUGGUGUUCGACGCGGGCAGCGGCGGCGGGCCGGCGAAGGCGCCGCACCCUCUCCGCGUGAUCCUGACGCCGGCGUUCGCGCGGCAGGUGGCCGUGGGGCGGUGGUUCACGGUGUUCGCGAGCUUCGCCAUCCUGACGGCGUCCGGGGCGACCUACAUCUUCGGCAUCUACUCCAAGACGCUCAAGUCGUCGCUGGGCUACGACCAGCAGACGCUCAACACCAUCUCCUUCUUCAAGGACCUGGGCGCCAACCUCGGCGUCUUCUCGGGGCUCAUCAACGAGGUCACGCCGCCGUGGGUCGUGCUGGCCAUCGGCGCCGCCAUGAACCUCGUCGGCUACCUCAUGGUCUACCUCGCCGUCGACGGCCGAACCUCCCGCCCGCCCGUGUGGCUCGUCUGCCUCUACAUCUUCGUCGGGGCCAACUCGCAGUCCUUCGCCAACACGGGCGCGCUCGUCACCUGCGUCAAGAACUUCCCGGAGAGCCGCGGGAUCGUGCUCGGGAUCCUGAAAGGAUUCGUCGGCCUCAGCGGCGCCGUCUACACGCAGCUCUACCUCGCCUUGUACGGCGACGACGCCAAGUCGCUCAUCCUCCUCAUCGCCUGGCUCCCCGCGGCCAUCUCCGUCGUCUUCGUCCACACCAUCCGGAUCAUGCCGUACCCGCGCCGCCGCGGCGGGCAGGAGACCAGCGGCGACCCUUUCUUCUGCUUCCUCUACAUCUCCAUCGCGCUCGCCUGCUACCUGCUCGUCAUGAUCGUCGUGCAGAAGCAGUUCACCUUCUCCCACGGCGCCUAUGCCAUCGCCGCCUCCGCGCUCCUCAUCGUCCUCUUCCUCCCGCUCUGCGUCGUCAUCAAGCAGGAGUACAAGAUCCACCGCGAGCGCGAGCUCGACCGCGCCAACGAGCCCCCGCCGACCAUCACGGUGGCCGCCGCCGCAGACGACCCAGCUUCGCAGGUCCAAAUGUCCGGCUCCGACAGCAAAACAGAGCCGCAGCAGCAACAGAUUCAGGGGGCGUCGUCUUCUUCGUCUUGUAUGGGGUCGUGGGGCGGGUGCGUGAAGAAGAUGUUCCGGCCGCCGGCGAGAGGGGAGGACUACACGAUCCUGCAGGCGCUGGUGAGCAUCGACAUGCUGGUCCUGUUCGUGGCGACCAUCUGCGGCGUGGGCGGGACCCUGACGGCCAUCGACAACAUGGGCCAAAUCGGGCAGUCGCUGGGGUACCCAUCCAAGAGCAUCAACACAUUCGUCUCCCUCAUCAGCAUCUGGAACUACGCCGGCCGCGUGACCUCGGGCUUCGCGUCGGAGAUCCUGCUGGAGCGCUACAAGGUGCCCCGCACGCUGAUGCUCACGGGGGUCCUCCUGCUGGCCUGCGUCGGCCACGUCCUCAUCGCGCUCGGCGUGCCGCACUCGCUCUACGCGGCCUCCGUCGUCAUCGGGUUCUGCUUCGGCGCGCAGUGGCCGCUCGUCUUCGCCAUCAUCUCCGAGGUGUUCGGGCUCAAGUACUACUCCACGCUCUACAACUUCGGCGGCAUGGCCAGCCCCGUGGGCUCCUACAUCCUCAACGUCCGGGUCGCCGGAAGGAUGUACGACGCGGAGGCGGACAGGCAGCCCGGCGGAGGGUUCGCCGCCGGGGGGAGGGACAAGGUGUGCCUGGGCGUGGAGUGCUUCAAGCGGUCGUUCCUCAUCAUCACGGCGGCCACCGUGUUCGGCGCGCUCGUGUCGCUGGUGCUGGUGUGGAGGACGUGGGCGUUCUACAAGGGGGACAUCUACGCCAGGUUCCGCGACGGCGGCGACCGGAGCCUCCACGACGGCCGACUGCCCGUCGAGCAGCGGCAGCCGGUGCCGGCGGAGGAGGAGUCAACGCCGGUCAAGGCAACAAAAGGGUGAGAAUUGACGACGGCGAGGCUAGCUCGGAGAGUUGACCACGUCAACAACGCCUGACACAGACGACUGGCUGCCGACAGUCGUACGUAUAUACGAAGGGGAUUUGUACGUAUAGUACACGUCUUCUGACCCCGAGAUUACGUAGUUUUUGGCCUUGGGGAGUGUUUAAGUAGAGAAGGACGGUCGGGUUCGGGGUCCCUUCUUCUUCCUGGUCCUGCUUGAUGGCGGCCGGCCACUGACACAGGUCCAUGUUUGUCGUGUUAACCGGCGCUGUAUUAUUGGAGACUCCGGAUCUGCAAGUUCACUCGGGGUCGUUGCAGGAGUUGUAAAAGGCCGUGAUUAGUAGUCCUUGGCAUACACGUGCGUGGACAGAUAUGAGACAACUGUAACUGCAAAGUUUCUUUCGAGGGGGGCCAGCCUGUCGUGCGUGACCAGGCUCGAGACUCGAGAGUGGCAACUGGCAGUAUGGAAUGGAAGGAAUCAUCGGAGAAUCUGAUCAGGAUGCCUCGCUCCCCUCCCGUGGAGUAUGGCUCUGGCUUACGGUUA